AUUCGGUCGGAAAAGUCUUGGAGCUUCAGUUCGAGUACGCAGCGAAAAUCUAAUCCAAAUACUUCUCAGAUUCCUCCAUAGAUCCAAUGUAAUAUCAGAUCCAAGUACAUUGCAUCGGUCUCCCCGUCCAGACUCUAUGGUCAGUGAUUUUGGUUUGAAAAGUGAAAAUAACCACGAUAUUCGUGAAAUAAAAGAGAAGAUUUACGUAAUUUCAGUAGCAUGAAAGGAAGUUUAAUGUGAUUUUUUUAUGAAUAUUUAAUUAAGUUCGGAAAAUGUACGUAAUAUGUUCCAGAUAAUGAAAUUGAAAUUGUAACGAGUGUAAAUGUAAUAACUCAGUAGUGCAUUUGCAUAAAUAAAAUUGGGUGCAACAAGUAAAUAUUAGACAAAGUGAAAUUGAAGUGCGCAUAAAACUGCAUUAAAUCAUAAUAGGAUUAGUUGGAUAUGAGCAUCUUAAUGAAGUAUUGAAAUUUUUGAAAGCGAUGUUGGUUUCGCACGGUAAAAUAGAUGCCAUUCUAAAAUGAUGCCUAGGAUUUGUGGUCGCGCCAUCGUAGCGCUUCUAAUAUGGUGGCACAUUGCCUGGGCAGGAGCUAAUGACUGCCCUCCGUCCGAAACCAUCUUGCCAUGCCGGUGCUCACAAAAGGGGUCAGACAUCCAAAUAUGGUGUUCACAUAGCAAUCUUCCACAAAUCCUUGAAGGAAUCAAGGAAAUCGCCAAAACCGUCAAGCGACCAAUUGACGAAUUCAUCUUGGAGAACAAUCAACUCCCGUCUCUACCUGGCAGAUUUCUUGCUCCAUUGCAGAUAGUCAGAUUAAUGUUACGCAAUAAUAAUAUGGAACGGCUAUCAACUGGCUGGCUCACCGACUUAGAAAGGAGUCUUAUGGAAAUUUUCAUAGUGGAACGGAAUCUAAGGAGCAUCCCUCUCGAGAGCUUGAUUGGAUUCAAUAGGUUGGAAGCUAUUACAAUCCAAAGUGAACAACUGAAACGUCUACCAGACUUUUCGGGACUGAUUAGCUUAAAAUAUUUGAGUGUGCAAAGCGACUCCUUAAUAGAAUUGCCACCGCAGAUUUUUCGGCACUUACCCAAGCUGCAAACGAUUCAUAUAAAUGGCGGAAAGAGUCUAAAUCGAUUGGAAGCUGGACUUUUUGAUAACCUUCCUUCACUGAAGAUGAUUGAUUUGAGUAAGAAUGGAAUAAACUGGAUUCAUCUCAGAGCCUUAUAUCGGCUUCCCAGUCUGAACUACUUGAAAUUGUCUGAUAACCAGAUAAGUGACGUUGGUAUGGUUGGAAGGGUGAUAAAGGAUCUAGAAAACUUAAUGAAACUGAAGCUAGAUCGAAAUUUAAUAAAUGUCUUGAAUGAAGGGAGCUUCGUGGAUCUACGGAUGCUUGGUGAGCUAUACCUAAAUGAUAAUCACAUAACUGAAAUUCAGUAUGGUUCGUUUCAUCGUACGCCAAAUCUGAGAUUAGUUUUCCUUCAGAACAACAGGAUUAAAAGGAUCCAUCCAGAAUCAUUCCUCCAGAGUUCUGGUAGUGGUGUUGAAUUCCUUUAUUUACAGAAUAAUGAAAUUGAUCAUAUUGAAGAAUUGAGAUCCCUUCUGGAUGCCUUACCAGCACUGAAAUUUUUAGAUAUGAGUAACAAUUUCAUCACGGAGAUACCAUUUGGAGUUUUGCGUGGUCAUGGAACAUUGGAGCAGCUUCACUUAGAUAACAAUGCAAUUCGAAUGAUCGACCGCGAUGCUUUAAUGGCAAUGCCUGCAUUGCGCGAAUUACGGCUAAGGAAUAACAGUCUAACUGAGAUCCUUCCUGCUCCAUUUUGGAAUCUACCAGGCCUUAAAGGACUAGAUCUGGCUCUGAAUCAAUAUAGGCAAAUUGAGCCAUCAUUACUCCAUGGAAUUCCAUCUCUCCGCAGACUAGAUCUGAGUCAGAACUACAUAACAUCUUUGGACCCCUUGACUUUUUUGAACACCCCCAUGUUGGAGACGUUGAACAUAUCCUUCAAUUAUCUGCAAACUAUUGACCCAAUUACUUUUCAGAGCUUGGAUCGACUUUUUGAAGUAGACGCUAGCUACAAUCAAUUGGACCGGAUGAUUCCAGGACUUCCAAAAAUUGUUGAACGUAUCUCCGUUCGUGGAAAUCAAAUUCAGACUCUUCCAGUUGCAGCAACUAAAGUGUUGAAUUUGCCAAAUGUUCGAAUGCUAGACAUGAGCCAUAAUCAAUUGGAUUACAUUCCCAAAUUCACAUUCCAGUCUAUGAAUCAACUGAGAGUAUUGAGCUUGGCUAAUAACAAACUACGCGCUAUUGAGGACAGCACAUUUCUAGGAGCGAAUAAAUUAGAACUCCUCCACUUACAGGAUAAUGAGAUCUCUCAGAUACAGGACAAAUGCAUACAGUUUAUGGGUGAUCUCAGAGAUUUCAAUAUACAAGGAAAUAAGAUCGAUUUGCUGAAUGACAAUCUGUUCUUGAAUUCAUCUCAAUUAGAGGUUCUAGAUUUGUCACGGAAUAAUAUCCACACAGCGACUCCUUCGAUAUUCAAGAAUCUAAAAUCUCUGAAAUAUUUGGAUCUUUCUGGAAACUAUUUGGCAGAGCUACCGCGUAGUAUGUCAGCUUUAUCUGACCUAGAGCAAAUCGAUGUAAGCUUCAACCGGCUAGCUUAUUUAGUCCCAGAAGUAAUGAGUAUGUGGCGUAAUAUUACCGAUAUCAGGCUAUCCAAUAACCAAAUUGUCGAGAUUAAAAAAGGGACCUUACGAAAUCUUAGAAAUCUACUUUACCUCGAUUUGUCUAGUAACGAAAUCAACUCCUUAGAGCCAGGAGCACUUCGAAAUCUCCAGGAGAUCCAAGAGAUUAGCUUGGCUGAUAAUAAGUUGGUUGAUUUGAAGGAUCAUGUUUUUGAAAAUCUACCCAACCUACAAGCAAUUCAUCUUCAACAUAAUUUGUUAAGAUUCAUAUCGCCUGAAGCGUUUUUCAAUUCUCCAUCUUUGGUUUAUUUGAAUUUAUCUUCAAAUCACUUCCGAACCAUGGAGAACGUUGGAGUACGCAGUAUGAGGAAUCUGGAAGUUUUGGAUAUUACCAGCAAUGCACUCCGAAAAAUCAAUACUAUGCCGUUGCAAGUCCUUAAUUGGUUGGUGGAGCUGAAAUUGGAUGAUAAUAAUAUUUGUAAGGUUCAGGGCCAACCCUUCGAUAAUAUGCCUCGGCUUCGAGUUUUAUCAAUGAGGAAUAAUCGAAUGAAAAUGAUGACCGAGAAGACGUUCAAAAAUUUGAGGGGAAACAUUGCUAUUUUUGAUAUUGAUGGUAACCCAGUCACUUGUUCAUGUGAAAUGUUCUGGCUCAGCGUGUGGCUUGAUGAAACCAAAGCGCCAAUGCCAGGACCAAUGUGUCAAAACGGAAGAUACCUUCGUAGCGUUCGCCUUGAGAACAACAACUGUGUUACUGAUUCUCGCUCUUCUAACCAUUUACCGCUUAUGAACGAACACGGUGAUAUUUUUCUGCGACAAAUCAAUGAAGAAAUUGACGAUAAUUGCGAUGACGAAAUCCCCCAAGAAGAACCUAAAAGACCCUUGCCGGGAGAAAGUGAAUACUUUUAUGAUCAAUACAUUGAUUUUCCUGGCAAUGAUUCAACUGCUCCGCCCCGGGACCCAUUGCCUCAGCAAAUAAGUACUAGACCCACUACAACAACACCGUCUUCUGUAGAUUUAAACAACACAUUAUUGAAUUACAAUCUUUUCAAAAACCCGCGACCGCCUCCAGCUCAGCAAUCAUCGUCACCUUUUACAUUUUUCGGAUACCCAUUACCAAGUCUCUUUGGACGAAAAUCAGAUGCUCGUGCUGUUUCUGGAUUUCCACCUACCCGAGGAAAAGUUAGAAUGUACCGCCCUUCAGCAGCUGAACUUGAAAAAUAUCUGAACCAACAGACGCAAUUUCCUGAUAUAACUGCAAGAAACCGUUUCACGGAACUCAGUUCAUCCGAAGGGUCAAGUCCGGAAGCUCAGGACAGUUUUAGAACUUCAUUCAAAAGCCCUGCACCUGAAAAAGGAGGCUUCGCACCUUUUAUACCUGGAACUGUGAGCGGAUUCAUACCGAUAAGUAACCCAUAUGAAACUCGAAAUGAAACUACCGAGGAUCAAAUUCAAGGGCAUUCAGUGGAAGUUCCAAUCGAGAAGGAUGAAACCCCAGGAGAACAAUUAACUGUUAUGGUACCAGUUGCAACCAAAAGUCCAACAACUCCAGAUGUUCAUGCUACUGUAAAAACUACAACUCCCUCAUUCAUUGAUGAAGAAGAGACUCCGAGGGACACCAUAUAUACUCUCCAGGAUGAAUUGGUUUCUCAAAUCACCACUCAAUCUACUGACAACAUCCCUCGCUACUCCCAGCUUCCAUCGACACCUGAAACUAUCCUCCUCAUACCACCAACGAGUGAAAUUGAAAAUGUACCUGCGAAACGCUACCAGGAAGAGGUUUGGCAAAAUCACGGUAACAGUCACGAAGAGGUUCCAGUCCAUUCAAGACCCCCCACUGGUAAAUCUACAAUCACUAAGGUGUUUACCCCACAAAGCCCUCAAGCUGAGGAGUAUUUCCGCACAACAACGCAUACUGAUCCUGCAGACAGUGAAGUACAGUCGAAUGAGGUAAUCACCACGAAGUAUAUCGAACUGGAUGACCAGUCAAGGAAGCAUGGCAUGGAAUGGUAUUACGAAAAUUACAAGAGUGGAGGGGAUGGAGCAGUUAGUUCAGAUGAUUCGAAUAAUCAUAAUGGGUUUGUUGGAAUACGUUCCAGUAAUGGCUGUAGUAUUGAAGUUAAGAGUUUUGUAGGAGUAGUGCUAAUUAGUGUAUUGUUAAGAAUGAGAUUUAUGUAGAUAAGAUAUGUA